UUUUAUGCAUGGAGCUGCUCCAAAAACAAACCUUUAGCAGGACUUCAGCCAGAGCCAGCUUUGAGAGGCCUGCCAAAGGAGCUCGAAAACUUGCAACUGCUGCCUACUGUUCCAAGCAUCAAAUCAACACGUUCGGCGACCAAACCUGUGCCUACCUACCUCCGGGUGUGUCUCUGCUCAUCACGAUUCACUACCAUAGUCAACCGGAACACUGCCAGCAAAACUUGUGGAACACCACCUCCACCAGACUGCUCCGUUGCAAACCUUCAGCAGCAGCAGGCCACCUCUAAACGGAAACUGUGUCAAACGGACCGAAUGGUCACUUCACCGGUGAGGCAGACUUUGACCUGCAGCAGCAGGCCGCCCCCUCCCGUGCGAGCUCGCGUCCUUCCCGGCGAGGCCGUGCGACCUGAAGGGCGCACGCGCGGUGGGCGAGGGCGCGGCGCGCCAGCCGUCAGGGCGGGCUCGGUUGCUUUGCUCGCUUGUGCGCGCGUGACGCCAGCCAGAGCCCGCCCCCCGCCCCGAUCGAGAGGCCAUGUGAGUGUGUCACCCAUCUGACCGGCCCCCACUCGCCACCCACGCGAGCGAGCCAGCGACGCCGAGGCGCGCAGAUCGGAGUCCCCCCGUCCCUUCCACCGGGCCCCGGAAAUCCCCGAUCCGGAGCUGGUCGGGGUGAGCUCGGGAAUGGCGGCGGAGGCAGCGGACGGGCCCUCGCCCCCGCCGCCGCGGACCGGGGAGGCGGAGCCCCCCGCGGCGCCCGAGAAGCGCGCGCCGGCGGGCCGCGACGAGGAGGAUCAGGGCGGGGAGGGGCGGCCGGAGCCUAAGCGGCGGCGGGCGCGGGCGCGCAUCACGGCGCUCGAGAGCGUGCCCCGCGCGGCGGAAGUCGCGGCCGCGGCCGCUGCUGCUGCGGCUGCGGCGGCGGAGGCCGCGAGCAGGGAGGACGAGCCCGCGGGCGGCUGCGACGGGGGAGAGUCCUUCUCGUUCCACGCGCGGGGCUUCUCCAGCGCGCAGACCACGCCCAAGUUCGGGUCCUUCAACCACCCCGGCGCCGCCGCGGAGCUCGUGGCCUUCCACCUGAUGAAGGCCUCUCGGCGCCGCGUGGAUCCUGAGGAGGCCGGGGAUGGCAGGACGGCUGCCGGCGGCGACGAGGAGGAGGAGGCGGCGGCGGCGGCGGCGGCGGCCGAGGGCAGCGAUGGGAAUUCACGCUAGCGGGGGUAGGCAGUCAAGUGGACGAGUGUGCGACUCGGUUUUGACUUGGGCGCCAUGUUCAUUCUGUUGGACAGUUCAUUUUCUUCUUCCUUUUGCUCUCUCUCUUGUGUGCAUCUGUGUAAUGUGUUGUGAUUUUAGUGUACUGGGGGUCGGUGUUUUUGUUGUACACUUAGUUAUUUGUAAUGGAAAGAAAUAGAUCCCUUUUUCAUACUCA